GCGUUCUAAAAAAUACGUCUGCAAGAAUACUACCAACUGUUUUUUUUUCAAAUUUUCUUUCGAAAUAUUGUAUGGCUACACUGUCAACUUCAUACCUAUUUUGACAAAUGGGCCCCAUAAUGGCUUCCAAGCAACAAGAAAUAGACGUUUUAGAAAGUUGGGAAGAUAUUGAUGAGACUGAUGUUUUAGAGAAAAAGUUCAAUAAUCUUUUAACGCCAAAUAGAUCAUUCGAUAGCAAAAGCAAUGGUACCAUGGACAAUCCUGUGAAAAUCAUAUUAACAGGAGAUGAUGCCUUACGAACACAAUACGUGCCUUCCGAGCCAACAGUGAAAAUUCUCAAAAGACCUUCCAAAGAUACACAAAACAAUGGGGAUUCAAAAGUGUAUCAACCUAAAAAGACUUUACAGCAACGUGAACUAGAAUAUGCCGAAGCUAGGUUGAGAAUAUUGGGUGAAGCCAGCCCAGAUAAAAUCGAAGAAAGAAUUAGUAUAGUGAAACCGGGUUAUUUGGAAAAUGAUAAUGUCAUCAGAAUGCCAAGAGGUCCAGAUGGUACAAGAGGAUUUUGUUUUCGUAGGUAGUACUAUAUAAUUACGGUUUUCAAUUUGUUGUAAACAGUGGGUACAUAUUCAACUACAAAAGGAGCAAAAAGGGACCCUAACAAUGAACAAUCAUUGUUCAUUAAGCAUUAAUUGGGGUCUAAAUUGUGACUCGAAAGACACAUGUGACUACUUUGAUCUAACAGUAGACUUGAUCAAAUUGUUUACUAGAGAUUUUUUAUAUUUUAUGAAUAUGUUGAGUUUUUAGUUUGCUAAAUGAAAUGUUUUUGACUGUAUUUGAACUUUUCGCUAUUGAAAAUUUGUACAAUACCAAUUUUGAAACGACUAGGUAGAAAAUAUUUACAUCACAGUCUAAAGAAUGAUUGGGCAAUAUUUGCCGAAAAAAAAGCUCAAAGUGAUAGUAUAGUAGGGUAUAAAAAACCAUGUAAACUAAAAAGAACUGAUUAAAGUUAAGAUAUUUUAGAUACCCACUAAAAAAAAAAUAAGUUAUACAGUUGGUCAGAAGAUAACCAACAAUGAGCAGAUGCUCAAAUGUGACCAGAAAACGAUUCAGAUAUCAUUUAAGCGAAUGACACUAUUAGUAGUGAGGUUAUCUUGGAAGGUACGUCAAUUUUUCCAAAAAAAAAAUUGAUUGUAUUUGUUCAAUGAUGCAUCAGCAUUGUAACAGCGAGCUGAUUACUGGGUAAGUAUCAGCAUCUCGACUACUGAGUUAAAGAAAUUGUGUAAAAUUGACUUUUACUAUAUUUCUAUACUAAAUACAAUGUUUAGCACCACUACACUAACACUUACAGUACCGUAAGCCUUUAAGGCGCAUGACUUUUUUUCUUAUUGGUCUUCGGUUGUUUUUUCAAUUCCUCUCUACAGGUUGCAAUUUUAGUCUUUUGUACUCCAAUUGGGUUCUAUCAGUCUAAUAUCUUCUAACAAUGCAUCCAAUUACUUUUUCUUCUACAUUCUUCAUCUUCUUUCACCUCCUUUUCUUCAAUUGAUGUUUUUGCAUAUAUGUUAUCUGGCAUCCUUUUGGUAUAUUCUAACCACUCUUUGAACUUGCAUAAAACUUGUUACUAAUGGAUAAUGAAUAAGAUUCUUCUUUUAUUGGUUAGUUCUUCUUUUUAAAAGUUUUUACUCCUCCAAAGAUUUUUUUAACACUCUUUUUAUAUAUAAAAAGAUCUUUCACAAAUUCUGCUCAAUAGGCUGUAAUUCUAAACUUUUGCACUCGAAUUUGGUUCUACUGGGCUAAUAUAUUCUAACAAUGCAUCUACUUUUUACUCGGCAUUCAUCUUCUUCUUUUACCUCUUUACACUUCUUCAAUGACCGUUUUUGCUUAUAUAGUUUCUGACAUCCUUUUAUUGUGUCCCAAUCACUCUUUGAGCUUGUAAGAAAACUUUUUAAUAGUUAUUUACAAACAUUUUUUCAGUUUUCGGUUUUGUUUCUUUCCGGCUUUGUUAAAACCCAUGUUUCACUUCCAUAUACUACUGCUGAUCAUAUUAUUGUUCGAUAUAUCAAAUUUUGAUUACCAUAGAUAAUUCUUUUCAUUUUAACAACUGACUCAAUGAUUAUUUUCACUAUUUUAUUUAUUUUGAUUUGUUCUUAGUUUUUAUUUGAUUCUGGUAUGGAUAUUAUUGGUCAUAGAAUCAUGAUGUACUUUCAUCAUAAUAUGUGAGGGCUACAUAUUCACCUUAUAUUUAUAUUCCUAUUUUGGAAUAAUAAAUCUAUUUAUUGCAAUCUAUUCUUCAUUCUCUACAGUUUUAAUCUCUAUCUUUUAUUUUCUAGCAAUUACAUUUUAGCUUAGCUUUUGUUUUCCCUUGAUUUGAAAGUAGACUUUCUGAAGAUGAUAGCUUGGUUUAUAGAAACGUGCGAAAAAGAAAUACGAGGAUUGUUUGAAAAGUUCCCAAGUUGAACAUGAGGAUAGCAAAACUUUUCUGCUUUUUUGAUAUGUAAACGCGUCAUUGGUGUUGAUGUAAUGGUAGUAAACAGUGUCGGUACGAAAUGAGCGGUUUCAGAGGUUCCAAUUUGAAGAAAAUGGUCUCGAGAGUUAUUAAUCUCGAAUAGUAAAUAUGAUAUUUAAAAUUAAUCGAAAUAUAUUUGGUGUAUUUAUUAUAUUUAAUUGCUUUAUCAUCGUUUGGUGUCUAAUAAUGCUGUUAAUUGAAAUGUGAAGAGACACCGGAUGGUUAAUUUUAUUAUUUUAUCGUUACAUAAUUUUCAGUUUCUGAAAUGUUCAAAUAUAAAUCACAUAUUUAUUAGUUAAUCGAUUAUUGUUAAUUCUUCCAAAUGACCUUCUUUUUAUACAUAAAACAUGGUAUUUUAGUAAAGUUGUUUGUUGUGGGAGUAGUGACAAAAAAUUGAGUUAUUUUGUAAGUUUUUGUAUGCAUAAAUAUCAUGACAUUUUUUUUUAAAUUAAGUAUUUGAGAAAAUAUCUUUUCAAUAAAUAAGUUAACAAAGUUCACGAAGAAUGAGAAUUUGGUGGUCAUUUAUUUACAUUACAGUCCAGAAGUUUGGGAAGCGUGAAGUUAAUUGAAAAUUAAACUUGAGGUAAUAAAAAUUGUACUUAUAGUGUAUAAAUUGAAUUAAAACUGCAUCAAACGGUCACCUUUUAAUCGUAUCAUAAUUCUAUUUACUUAAUUUCUCUAAAGUGAUUGAAAAGUCUUCAUUUCUUGUUCAAAAAGCUCUGCAAACUUAUAUACUUAUUUAUGAUUAUUAUACUAUACUUUAACAAACUUCUAGUUGUAGAAAAUUAGUUGCUUUUUCCUAUUAUUACCAAUUUACAGUUUAAUAUUCUCAUAAACCUUGAAAAUCUACAGGAUCCUCCAAAAUAUGAUAAAAAAGUUUGUUACAAUUAUUUCUUUAACAACCAAGGAUUUUUAGUAUAAAAAUCCUUAAACUGAUACUACACAUGCUUAUAAAGUAUGUUAAUUCAAUCAAACUGCAUCAAAUUGUCCCAUUUUUUAUGUUUUCAUCAUUUUAAUUACCUAAUUUCUCUAAAGUGAUUGAAAAGUCUUCAUUUUUUAUUUGAAAAGCUCUGCAAACUUAUAUACAUAUUCAUGAUAAUUAUACUAUAGUUGUGGAAAAUUCGUUGCUUCUUCCUAUUAGUCCCAAUUUACAGUUUAGUAUUCUUGUAAACCUUUAAGAAGUGCUCAACACGUAAGGAAAACUUCCGUAUUUCGAGUUUAUGUUUUUGUUAUCACUUUAGUUUCAUAAAUUAUUAAUGAGGGUAUGCUGCUGAUGUUUAAUUCUAUUAAAUUUACAGUUUUGUAGAAAAACUAUGAGUUUUAGAAAUUAUCAACAUAACAAUAUGAAAAACAAACAUUUUAAUCCAAAAAGAAAAAUUGAAUAUAAUAACAUACUUUUCUUAUUUUUUGCAUUUUCUCGUUUGUUAAUUAAUUUGCGUAUGAAAUACAAUGUCCAUGUCGUUGAUUUUCUAGAUUCUCAACUCUUACUAAAACGAAAACAAAUAUUUGAAAAUAUUCGGAACAUUUUAACUACUGAAUGACAAGUGACAUUAGCUAGUGACAUAUGAACUAUUCUAUAUCUAUUACACGUGUAAUAGCUGAUUUUAUUUUAACCAAUAAACAAUUUACGGGGGUUAAUGAACAAGUAAUUCAGAUCAUCCUAAUGUUAUACAAUAAAGGUUUAUAACAAAAAAAUGAAAAGCAAAUGUAUGAAAUUCUCAUAAUUUAGUAUCAAACUAUUUAUAAACAAAUAACACGCGGUGUCGUCAUGAUCAUAACCUAAAAAUACAAACAUCGAUUAAGCACUUUUGGGUGAGUUAAAUCUCAUUUUUUUAUCACAUAUUUUGUUUCAAAUAGACGGGCUUUCCAAUUUUUCAUACUGUCAUAAUUAUAAAUGUAUCCAAGGAUAAUUUUUACAAUUUAUUAGUAUAUAUCGAAUCUUGAAAUCAUUUUGUAGUUUGAUCCUUUUUACCAAGAUAUAUAAAUAGCGUUUGGAAUCAUUACUACGAUAUACAGGGUUACUUAUAAAGUUUUGAUGGUAAAUUUUUUAUUAAAAACAUGACAGUUGAAACUUAUGUUUAUAUUUACAAUAUCUAUUCAUUGGUCUGUAAAAAACAUUGAACGAAAUAAUUCUCUUGUACAGUAGCACAAACAAUUAAAAAGUAGGACUAAUUGAAAAAAAAAUAUUUAAAUGUGUGAUGAUGUACUAUCAGUCAGGGUGUGACAUAAACUAAGCCUAUUAAGUAAUCUGAGGUAAAGAAAUCUAAAUGAGAAGGGGGUGGCCUCAGAUUGAAUUUUUCAGGAAGUAUGUCAUUAAGUUUUCCAACAAAAACGUCAGGAGAUGCUGCCACGAUAUUGUUUGCCUUUAAGGGAAUAUAUCUUUGUGUCAUUAAUGAUCUACGAUACCUAUCAAACUUUGGGUUAAAUGUACCGUACCAAACAUUGAUUGAAAAUUAGUUUUUCGCAUCUAUUUUGGACAAAUAAAGACAAUUAUGGCAGUUAACAAAACCUUACAUAACUGCAUAAUGUUUUAACUAUUUUUAAAUUUGAAAAAACCAUUUAACGUUGAUAUAACAAAAUUUUUUUAACCUUCUCUUAGUUUUUCAGUCAUCGGACUGUCUAUUCUGUAUACCUAAUAUCCUGUAUCGUUUUUCAUUAAUCUAUUUUAAAUAUAUAUAGUUUUAAUUUGAUCUUUUAGUCACGAUAUAAAUUUAUAAAAUAAUUUGAGAUGUCAAUUCUAAUUUUUUAUCAUUUUUUGGUACCUAGCUGCGUUUAAUUAUGAUUGUCCUUGGGUGUUUGUGUAAAUUUUCACCACUAUAAUUGUGAAUUUAACGCGCUUUAUUUUAUAUUUUGUAAAUAUAUUCUUAUAAUUACCACAGAAUAUUAACUAAGCUUCGUAAUAAACAAAAUACGGUUGUUGGAAGUAGAGAAAGUAAGUAAAUUGGAAUUCAAUAUGUAGAAAUGUGUAACGUUAGCAUUAUAAUGAAAAAUAUUUUUCUCAGUGUAAUAAUAGAGUUUAUUCUUUCAAAAUAUUUUGUUACCAAAUGACGUCACGAUUUCUAAAUCGUAAAUGACUUUUAGAGCAAGUGUGUUUGACGGAAUAAAAAAUUCUACACUACUACCCAGAGGCGGCUCAUGCCCAAUGGUUAACAUUCCGUAACUUCUAUAGCAUUGUUUUCAUAUUAUCUACUUCCGAAUUUUUUUCAUCAAGUCCCGAAACACCCUGUAUAAUCACGUAAAAAGUCGUAUUCUAGUUUUCCAUGGAAUUAUCUAAUGUUUGAUUAUAUCUGAAUUCUCAAAAUGGAAAAUAUUACUACGUCGAAAAUUUGAGUAAUUUUUUGAAUUGUAAAAAUUAAUAAACUCUCGUUUAGUGUUUAUUUUGUGGUGAGUAUAUCUAAUUUAAAAUCUUAUAUAUUUAGUAAACCUGUUUUGUUUAAUUUUAAGCCAUAUUUUUUGUAUGUAUUGUGCAAUUUAAUAAAAAUGUGUUAUUUUUUA